AUGGCAUUUUCUUCCACCAUGGUUUUUUCAGUGAAAAGGCGUGAGCCUGAGCUAGUGAUACCGGCAAAGGCUACACCACGUGAAAUAAAGAAACUAUCUGAUAUAGAUGACCAAGAAGGUCUCCGGUUUCAAAUGCCGAUCAUGCUUUUCUAUAGGGAUAACCCUUCAAUGAGAGGGGGAGAUCGGGUUGGAAUCAUUCGAGAAGGACUUGCUAAAACACUAGUUUAUUACUAUCCCUUUGCUGGUAGGAUUAUAGAAGGAGACAAUAGAAAACUUAUGGUCGAUUGCAACGAGGAAGGUGUAUUGUUCGUAGAGGCAGAUGCAAAUAUCAAUAUUGAGCAGCUUGGGGACAACAUAUUGCCGCCAUGUCCGUUCAUGGAGGAGUUUCUGCAUGAUGUACCUGGUUCUGAAGGAAUCAUCGGCUGCCCACUUUUGUUGAUUCAAGUAACCCGAUUCAUCUGUGGUGGAUUUGCCUUGGGAAUCAGAUUCAACCAUACUAUGGCAGAUGCCUACGGGAUGAUCCAACUUCUAACUGCCAUUACGGAAUUUGUAAAAGGUGCCGCUGCGCCUUCUAUUUUACCCGUAUGGCAAAGAGAGCAAUAUUUUACUGCUAGAUCACCGCCAAGAAUAACAUGCACACACAAUGAAUAUGAACAAACACCGUAUGACGUAUCAUAUGCAGACAUUAUGGAUUCAGACAAGUUGAUUCGAACAGCUAUUUUCUUUAGCCCUAAGGACAUACAAGCACUUCGCAAUCACAUGUCCUUGUCCGGAAAUUUUAUUCGGUGUUCAAGAUUCGAUCUAAUUGUUGCGUACUUAUGGAAAUGCCGCACAAUAGCUCUUAGUCCAGCAGAUCCCGAAGAAGUUGUCCGUCUUUCAGCCAUUACAACUGCACGUGGCAAGCCUGGACUGAAUAUACCGACCAGAUAUUACGGCAAUGCUUUCACUUUUCCGGCGGCAGUAUCCACCGCGGGAAUUCUGUGCACAAGUCCUUUAUCAUAUGCAGUUCAUUUGAUUCAAAAAGCAAAGGCACAACUGAGUGAAGAGUAUAUUAAAUCAGUUGCAGAUUUUAUGGUUAUCAAGAAACGACCCAAAUAUACAACAAUUUGGAAUUUGAUUGUUUCAGACGUAACUCGUAUGGGUUUUGAUAAGGUUGAUUUUGGGUGGGGCAAUCCGAAGUUCGGUGGAAUUCCUUUUGCCACUUCAAAUAUUAGUGUCUGCAUGAAUAUCAAGAACUGGAAGGGAGAAGAUGGAGUUGUGGUAUCCAUAUGCUUGCCACCAUUGGCUGUCCAAAAAUUUAAAUAUGAGCUUAAGAAAAUUGCUUUUUAUUCAAUUAUAUGCAGAAUGUAA